GGAGACUGUCGAUACGGAAAGCACAUCUUCCGUGUUAGUAUUUGUACCAGGCGUUACAGUUUAUGCACAACAUUUGAGGGGAUGGUCGAGGUAGAGAGUGCGUUAACUUGAUUGUAGACGUUACAUGUGGAAAACAACCUGGAAAUAUUCGCGCGUUUUCUGCUUUGUUUUUAUUUUGUGGAGCUUUUCCCGCGUCUGCUGCGGUCACCUGCUGUCCACACAUGCAGCCACCGCUGGUCAACAGGCUCAACUCUGUGGAUGAAUUCAUGGAGCAAGGUUAAGGACAGACUAUUUGAACGCAUCCCCUAUCUAUCACUAACGGGGUGAAAAGAAAAAGAAAAGGAAAAAAAAGACACUUUGCUAUUUUUGCUUUUCAAAACAACACAGGAGGGCAUCUUUGUGGUUGCCCCUCAUCUUUUUUCUAAUCCCCUACCAGGGGUAAAUAAAGAAGGCAGGUGACAUGGUGGUCAACACCAUCCACUGGUUCAGGAAGGGACUGCGGCUGCACGACAACCCGUCUCUGAGGGACUCUAUCCGGGGAGCGGACUCCCUGCGCUGCGUUUACAUACUGGACCCCUGGUUUGCAGGGUCCUCCAACGUGGGCAUCAACAGGUGGAGGUUUUUGUUGCAUUGUUUAGAGGACUUGGACAACAGCCUGCGCAAACUCAACUCACGCUUGUAUGUCAUCAGAGGCCAGCCUACAGAUGUCUUCCCUCGUCUUUUUAAGGAAUGGCAGAUCAACCGUUUAUCUUAUGAAUACGACUCUGAGCCAUUUGGCAAGGAACGUGAUGCUGCCAUCCAAAAACUGGCCUGUGAGGCUGGGGUGGAGGUCAUGGUGCAGGUUUCACACACCCUCUACAAUCUGGUCAAGAUCAUAGAGCUCAAUGAUGGUCACCCUCCUCUUACAUACAAGCGCUUCCAGGCUCUCAUCAACCGUAUGGAUGCUGUGGAGCUCCCUGCAGAGACGAUCACACUUGAGGUUAUCAGAAAUUGUGCCACACCCAUCAGUGAAGACCAUGAUGACAAGUUUGGGGUUCCCUCUCUGGAAGAGCUUGGCUUUGAAACAGAGGGUCUGACCACAGCAAUAUGGCCAGGUGGAGAAACAGAAGCCCUCAUGAGGCUAGAGCGGCAUCUGGAGAGGAAGGCAUGGGUGGCAAACUUUGAGCGUCCACGUAUGAACGCCAACUCCCUGCUGGCCAGUCCCACAGGUCUCAGCCCCUACCUGCGCUUUGGAUGUCUCUCCUGUCGGCUCUUCUACUUCAGACUCACUGACCUGUACAGGAAGGUCAAGAAAAACAACAGCCCACCGCUUUCCUUGUAUGGCCAGCUGUUGUGGAGGGAGUUCUUCUAUACGACUGCCACCAACAACUCCUGCUUUGACAAGAUGGAGGGAAACCCUGUGUGUGUCCAGAUCCCCUGGGACCGGAACCCAGAGGCACUGGCCAAGUGGGCAGAGGGACAAACAGGCUUUCCCUGGAUAGAUGCCAUCAUGACCCAGCUGAGGCAGGAGGGGUGGAUCCAUCAUUUGGCGAGGCAUGCUGUGGCCUGCUUCCUCACCAGGGGAGACCUCUGGAUCAGCUGGGAAGAAGGCAUGAAGGUGUUUGAAGAGCUGCUUAUAGAUGUGGACUGGAGCGUAAAUGCAGGCAGCUGGAUGUGGCUCUCUUGCAGCUCGUUUUUCCAGCAGUUCUUCCACUGCUACUGUCCUGUGGGAUUCGGACGACGCACGGAUCCCAACGGAGACUAUAUACGGCGUUAUUUGCCUAUAUUGAGAGGCUUUCCAGCCAAAUACAUCUAUGAUCCUUGGAAUGCCCCAGAGGAAGUGCAGAAGGCAGCCAAGUGUAUCAUAGGAGUUCACUACCCCAAGCCCAUGGUGAACCAUGCUGAAGCCAGCCGCGUCAACAUAGAGCGGAUGAAGCAAAUUUACCAGCAGCUUUCCAGCUACAGAGGACUGGGCCUGCUGGCAACAGUACCUGUCCAUAUCAACAAUGGAGGAAAUGGCAAGAGAGUUGACGCAGGGACCAGACAAGGCUCAGCAGGGUCCUGUGAAACCCCGUCCAUACAGGAAGGAAUGUCUUCAGCAGAAAGAGGACAGUUCACACUGAAGCGGCGUCGUGAAGAGGUUCCACUCGAAAGCAGCUCUAAAUCCUGGAGGCACAGCAAAUAGCGUGCAAAAGGUCCCUCAGUCCGCCCUAUCAUCUGGAUAGCAUCCUCUCCUCAGGAUCUGAGGAUCUCAGGAACAGAGGAAGGAAUUGAGAGAAAAUACUAAUAUUGAAGAGAGAGAACCGUGCAACUGCAGGGUUUAAACAGCAAAAAAAAAAAUCAAUAACGUCCUCACUUAAGGGUGCUGUGAGGCCACCUGUUGUCUUCCACUACAGUAUGUCACUGUACAAGUGAUAAAACCACUAAGCGUUAGUACCCACACCCUUUUCUCUCAAUACCCAACAUCAGUCAGGUCAGGAUUACAUUGGUCAGCUGGAUGUGCUGGAUGUGCAUGCUUCGGCCUCUACACCUGGAUCUGAAAGUGUCAAAAUCUGAAUUCUCACUCACGUCUGAGUAAAAGGGAACUGAUAAACCAGUCAGGAGCCUGUGGAGGAUUUGUUGUGUGCAGCGGACCCCCCUCACCUACAGUAGUCUCUUUUCUCAAAAACAAGCCCCUAGAUAUUUCACACCAAGAAUAUCACACUGUCAUGAAUGUAAAUAAUGUUUAAAGCUUUUUGAAGAUUUAGAACACAAAAGGUCUGAUGUACAGUAGUAAGGAAUAUUAGAAGCAAAACAGGCCUUACAACAACAACAAAAAUGUAUAUAUUGUUUUUGAUUUCCACCUUUUUGUAUAUUUGGUCAUGGGUGGUUUUUACAACUCCUUUUUUGUAAAGAAUGUCUUACCAAAACUCUAAAGUUCUUCUGUGAAUGCACGUGCUUUUGUCUCCCAUGUGACUGUAAAUUCUAUUAUUUUUGUACAAAGAAUGACCAAAUUCUAACUGUAUUAAAAAAGGUAAUAAAAGACAA